GCCGCCCUCCAGCUAGUGCAUCUUGGUUCUUGGACGAAACGUCAUUCAUUCAUCACUGUUAGAUGCGAUGAGAGCUGAGUUCGUGUUUCUCCGUAUAUUGGCAACUUCUUGGAAAGUAUCCAAAUGCCUGAUUUUGAAACGAGGAUACGGGAUACCCACACAAAAACGCAGUGAGUUUAAAUUGACGUGAGCGACACAACACUUCCACAUUUUAUUUUAAGCUUAACACGUCCAUAAGGUCCGAUGCACAAUUUCUCGGAAAUGUCGGAAUAAUCUUGAUCUUUUGACAAGCGGGCUCGUGGUGAAGCUGAAUAAUUUAAAAAAAUCGAGUCCGCGGUAACUGUAAAGUAUGGAGAAGAAACCAGACCUGUUCUCGCCAUGGAAAGCUCAUCAAUUUCUUCUCGUCCAACUAGUUUUCUUGAUUGUGUUCCUUCUUUGUCUGGUUCCGGUUAAAGUGUCCGGCAUAAAUCUUCCAAUCGGAUUUCUGUCUUCUCCUCAAGAUCACCUUGCGUUUCGAACAGAGAAAGACAUUUAUAGCGCUCUACAAAUGGCCGUAAAUGAAGCCAAUCAACAGUUAUCGAAAACCCUCCAACUGGCGAUAACAUUCAAGCAAGUUAAAGUUAACCAAUCUGUUACAGUUGCGCUAGAAGAGAUGUUGCAGUCAGGAGUGGUAACAGUAUUUGGACAUAAUGACAUCUGCAGCUACGUCACAUCAGCAUUAAAGUCCCACAAUAGAAUCGCGAUAUCCAAUGUCUGUGGAGACGAAAAAUUGUCCAACAAAGAACUCUUCCCAGCAUUCCUACGCACCCGUCCCCCUGAUUCACAGAUGGUCGAGUCCAUGCUAAUGCUGUUGCAACACUACGACUGGAAUAGCAUUUCCUUGGUAGUUCAAAACACGUCGAAAUGGCAUGCGAUAGCGGACUCUUUCGAAAGAAGAAUAGGAAAUAAAGAGGGAAUUUCUGGAUACAACAUAACUGUCCAUCACAAAAUUCAUUUUGACGAUAACAGGUUGUGUUGCGCUCUUCGACAACCUUGUUGCUACGUGGCCUGGCCUCAUGAAAUAUGCGAAAAAAUUAAAUCCACGACCAGGGUUUACGUAUUCCUUGGAGAGACGAUGUCCCUGCGGAUUUUUAUUCAAGCCAUUGAAGAUCGGGAAUUGUGGCAAGCCAACCGGUAUCUCGUGAUCUCUUGCGAUGCAGAGGCGUUUAGUACUUAUUGGGCCACCAGUUUUCUGCAAUCCCCACGCGAAAUACAGAAAGAAAUGGAAAGUGAAUCUGGGAACUGGGAUACUAACAGCAUUCUGACUGAAUCAAGGAAAUUUCAUUCUUAUAGCAAUUUGAUUGAAAAUUCCUGGCUACCGGAUGUACCGCCGCCCACAAAACGUUCGCCUUCCAGAGAUGAUUUUAGAACUAUAACUACUCCUGGAAUUUUGAUGGUUGUACGUAAUAUUGCAAAUGAGCAUCUAAACACUUUCACACGACGUCUCCGUUGGUUUUCCAGCAACCAAACAGAAGAGAAAGUAUCGCUACCUUCGUCCAUUUAUGCUGCUUAUGCCUACGACGCAAUCAUGGUUUUAAUGCAAGCUUUAACAUUUCACACGCAAAAAAUCGGUUCAAACGGAAUGGAUAGGAGAAAAGCGGCUUUGAACGGAUCACUUCUCUAUAGCACCAUAAUGGAAAUUCAAAAUUUCUCUAGUGCUCGAGGAGGAUUUAUUUCGUUUGAUGCCAAUGGAGACACUGAAGAUAGCUACAUUGCCGUUGGCUCCCUAGAUUUAUUCUCAUCGAAAACCAAUUCAUCGGCAGACGUCCAGAGGAAUGUGAUGAUUCCUUUCGGCUACUUUCGUGGAACUGUGUUCGUCCCGAGUCCGACUGUAGAAUUCAAUCAGACAAUUCACAAUCGUCUUUCGGAAAAUAAUUACGCUAAAGUUACCUACGACGCAGAAUUGCUCAACGACAACAUCAAUAUUUUGAUGGUUGUUGUCCAUCUUCUAACCUUGGUUGCAAUGGCAUACACAUUUACAUACCAAACAAGAAAAUUAGCUGCAAAAAUGGACAUUCUCACCAUUAAAGUAGCAGUAUCGUCCGAUGCAGAACUUUGCGCCCAUCUGUUAGAUGCGAAACAGAUGCGUGUUAUGAAUUACAAUAACCACCCCAACAAAGUCGUCGACGACUGGCGCAUGAAAGUGUGGAAUAAAUCUUUGAAAUUAAAAUCUUCAUGGCCAGCACUUAAUUGUAAAACAAUUGGAGAAAUCCGCCAGAUACGAACGUUUCAACACGAUAAUGUGAAUCCAUUUAUAUGCGCCAUUAUUGAGCCUGCUCGGAUUUGUCUCAUCACUGAAUUUCAGCCACGAAACAGUCUCAUGGACGUACUAUCAAGCUCAAAUCACGAUUUCAGCUGUAAAAUGGUGGCUUCACUGGCCACUGAUUUGGUUAGAGGAAUGCUCUACAUUCACAGCACCAAAUUACGCUGUCACGGAAACUUAAAGUCAUCAAAUUGCCUACUCGAUUCAAACUGGACUCUUAAAAUAGGGGACUUUGGUUUACAAGAAUUACGCAAUGCAGCAAAAGACCCGAUCAAGAACGAGAGAGAUUAUUACUUCAGUUUGCUUUGGACAGCUCCCGAAAUUUUACGAAACGGCCCUUCACUAAUCGGUACACCCGAAGGUGACGUCUAUUCCUUCGCCAUAAUUCUGCACGAAAUGGUCUGCCGCCAAGGUCCCUUCGCUAUCUGCUAUGACCUUGGUGAUCCGAUAAGAAUCGUUAAUAAAUUAAAGCGGACCCUUAGAGGAUGCCAAAUCCCUAUUCGACCUCCCAUGGAAACAUUAGACUCGAAUCUGGCCUAUAUGAUUCCCUGUAUGAUUGACUGCUGGACUGAAGAUCCAAAUGAGCGCCCCGAUUUUUCCUCGAUAUUUAGUUAUUUUUCAAAACUGGAAGGGACUAGUCUGGACUUUAAUCAUACGAAAAAUGUGUUGUCCGACAACGCUUGUAUCGAAGAAAAGAAGCGUGCCUUAAAAGAUGAAAUCCAGAAAAUCGACGAAGUUUUACAUCGCAUAAUUCCCAAAUCUGUAGCUAACUGUUUGGCAAAUGGACUUCCCGUCGAAUCAGAGUUAUGGGAAAACGUGACUGUUUUUGAAGCUGAUUUGGUUGGAUUCACCGCAAUUGCAUCGGAAACUACACCUCUUGGAACCAUGAUUCUCUUGGACGACGUUUACACUAUGUUCGAUUCCAUAGCCAGAGGCUACGACGUUUGCAAGAUUGGAACUAUCGGCGAUGCCUAUAUUGUGGUUUCAGGAAUACACUCCUCACAUGGGAAAAAUUCCGCCGGGGAGAUUGCCUCUAUGGCUCUAGAGGUGGUAGAGAAAAUGAAGAACUCUGGAAUCGAACACCGAGGCAAGCCGCUAGUUGUGCGCAUUGGCGUUCACACAGGUCAGGUAGUGACGGGAGUUGUGGGCAGUUCUGCGAUGCCUACCUAUUCUAUCUUUGGCGACACGGUAUCGGUAGCCUCACGAAUGGAAUCCACUAGCUCAGAAUUGCGCAUCCAGAUCAGCGAAGCCAGCUAUCAAGCCCUGCAGCAAAUUGGAGGCUACAUAACGGAGGAGCGCAAUGAUAGAACUGAUUCUUCCGAAUCGUUAAAAACCUACUGGCUGAUUGGGAAAACGUUGAAGGCAGUUCAACGAAGAGAGAAGGAUCGUUCGAAAGAAAAAUCACUUUGUAAUCGGCAAUCCAUUAUAUCUUUGACAAGUACGGAUAUUGUCAUCGAUAAUUCGACAGAAGAUGGCUGUGAAUCGUAAGUUCCGAUCUAGAAAAAAAAAUACCAUUCUUAUGUUAUGUUCCUCAACACGCUGACGAGCUAUUCUACGUCAGCUGUAUUAUGCAAUUUUAUGUUUGUAACUAAAUCAUUUUCAACGAGCCAUAGUAAUAUCAGGGAUAAAAUUAGAGAUUGACGUAUUAGAUUCCGUCAGCGGAGUGUUCCUAGCUCGACCUCGAGUAUUUUCCGCAUCGAACAUUUGCAACUUCUACUAUUACAAAGACGUGCUGGGUGUUGCGUAUUAACUUUUCAAUUUCCUGGCGACCUUCAUUCAAAAGCGCAAGGGUAUCUUUUGUCAGUUUCAUGUUCACAUCACGUUCGCUAGCGUCUAUUUUUGGUCAUAAUGCACUUUGUUCUUUCGCUGCUGAUCGUAUGGCAUCGUCCUCUGUCGACUGAAUUCCUGUUUGUGUUUUUCUCAAUUUCUGUCUUUCAGUCCAAGUGUAUCUAAAAUCCCAUUCGUCGCAAUAAGCACGCAUGGCACGCAGUAUUUCGAAUUACAGCCAGCGAAAAGAUAAACAAAGCUCUCAAAUGACCCGUUAAGUUACCUGUUUU